AAAUAAAAAAUCUAAAAUAUAUCGCUAUAAUUCAGAGUAUUGUUUCAGAGAGAGAGAGAGAGAGAGGAAAAGUGAAGAACUUCAGAAGACUUCAACAGAGUCCAUAUCUGUAGACUCUCACUCUCUGCAAGUAAUUCAGUUAACAACGAAGACGGAAGCAAGGAGAAUUUUGAGAUAGGGCUUGGUGUUUCAUUUUGUUUGGGGGGGAGAAAAUCGAAGUGGCGAGGAUUUCAGAUUGAUGUUUCCGUCAAAGGCUUGAUGAAGAAAAUGGGGAAGAAUUACUCGGCGAAUUCGGACGAUUACAAGCUAUUGGAAGAGGUAGGGUACGGUGCCAGCGCAACUGUUUACAGAGCGAUCUACUUGCCUUCCAAUGAAGUCGUGGCGGUCAAGUGCUUGGAUCUCGAUCGGUGCAACAGCAAUCUGGAUGAUAUUCGCAGGGAAGCUCAGACAAUGAGCUUAAUUGAUCAUCCUAAUGUCAUAAGAGCAUUUUGUUCAUUUGUUGUUGACCGCAAUCUUUGGGUGAUAAUGCCAUUUAUGGCUGAGGGUUCUUGCCUACAUCUUAUGAAGAUAGCAUAUCCAGAAGGAUUCGAAGAAUCUGCCAUUGGUUCUAUCUUGAAAGAAACUUUAAAGGCUUUGGAGUACCUUCAUCAACAUGGUCAUAUCCAUCGUGACGUGAAGGCAGGAAAUAUUUUAAUGGAUACUAACGGUGAGGUGAAGCUUGCUGAUUUUGGUGUUUCAGCAUGCUUAUUUGAUAGAGGCGAUAGACAGCGUUCAAGAAAUACCUUUGUCGGUACUCCAUGCUGGAUGGCACCCGAAGUAUUGCAGCCCGGAACUGGAUAUGAUUUCAAGGCUGACAUCUGGUCUUUUGGAAUAACUGCAUUGGAGUUGGCUCAUGGGCACGCACCAUUUUCAAAAUAUCCUCCAAUGAAGGUUCUGCUGAUGACCAUACAAAAUGCCCCGCCUGGACUUGAUUAUGACCGUGAUAAGAGGUUCUCUAAGUCUUUUAAAGAAAUGGUUGCAAUGUGCUUGGUGAAAGAUCAAACGAAGAGACCUACUGCAGAAAAGUUGCUAAAACAUUCAUUUUUCAAGAAUGCCAAGCCCCCAGAACUUUCUGUGAAAAAACUAUUUGUUGACCUGCCACCACUGGGGAAGCGUGUGAAAGAUCUCCAGCUCAAAGAUGCUGCACAACUUGCUUUGAAAAGAAUGCCUUCGGCAGAACAAGAAGCUAUAUCUCAGAGUGAGUACCAGAGAGGAGUAAGUGCGUGGAACUUUGAUGUUGAGGAUUUGAAGCUCCAAGCAUCUAUGCUGCUAGACGAGGAUGAAAUAAGACAAAUCAAGGAAGAAGAAGACAGCCAAAAAAUUACCACGAGCGAGAAGGUUGCAUCUAGUUCUAGGUUGAAACCAGCGGCUACAAGCAAUAACGUUGGCAGGGAAAAGACAAAUGAGCACGACAAUGAGGAAAAGAAGGAACUUAAGAAGAGCGAAUCAAAAGCAGAGCUGCCACCUAUGGUAGAUAAAGAUAAAGAAGCAGCACUAGCCAAGACUAGAAAUCAGACAGGCAGACCUCGUGAAACUCAACCCCUUAGUCUAGAUUCUAUAGAUCAAAGUUCUGCAUCUCUACAAGAUUCUGCAUCUCUUAUGAGCCGCAAAAGCUUUGUUAUAUGGUGUGAGAUUGAAAACUACCAAGUGGCUGACAAGGUUCCGCAAGUACGGAAAGCUCCCAGUUUUAGUGGUCCUCUAAACCUUCCCAACCGAGCUUCAGCAAACAGUUUAUCAGCUCCAAUCAAAUCAUCAGGAGGCUUCAAAGAUUCAAUGGAGGACAAAUCAAAAACAAAUUUGGUACAAAUAAAAGGGAGGUUCUCUGUCACAUCGGAGAAUGUGGAUCUUGUAAAGGAUAUUCCGUUAUCUGCAGUUUCUCGACGAAAUUCUCAGGGAUCACCACUCAGAAAGUCUGCUAGUGUUGGAAGCUGGAUAUUUGAUUCUAAACAAGCGCCCCCCAGCCAGUCACCGAAGGAGAUCGGAAACGGUAAUGUUCUUCCCUCAGUUCUGAUGCCUCACCUUCAGAAUCUGUUCCAGCAAACAUCAAUUCAGCAAGAUCUUAUCAUGAAUUUGUUGGGUAGCUUGCAAACAUUGGAGGUUGAAAAUGCUCCUCAAAAUGGAAAACUACCUCCUUUACCUCGUGGUUCAGAAAAUAAUGGCAGUGUUGAAUCAAUUGUUUCUGAAAGGGAACGGAUGCUGCUUAUGAAGAUCUCCGAACUUCAAGCAAGGAUGAAUAGCUUGACUGAUGAAUUAACCGCAGAAAAAAAGAAGUACACGCACGUGAGUUUCUGUUGCCAUUUAUAG